AUGGUCUGUGCCCUGCCUCAAUGGAAGGUUACAGCCUUCAUCGGCGAGAACGUCAUCACAGCCCAAACCAUUUGGCAAGGCAUCUGGAUGACCUGUGUGGUCCAGAGUACAGGUCAGAUGCAGUGUAAGGUCUUCGACUCCAUACUGGCUCUACCCCAUAACAUUCAGGCCGCUCGUGCUCCCAUCAUCAUCUCUGUCAUGAUGGGCCUGCUGGGCAUCUUGCUCGCCGUGGCCGGGGGCAAGUGCACCAACUGCAUGGAGGAUGAGAGGGCCAAAUCCAGAAUAGGCAUUGGCUUCGGUGUAGUCUUCAUCAUUGCUGGCGUCCUGUGCCUCAUCCCCGUUUGCUGGUCGGCCUACACCAUCAUCAGGGACUACAACCCCUUGCUGACCAGCUCUCAGAAGAUGGAGCUGGGGACCGCACAUUACAUUGGCUGGUGGGCCGCGGACCUCAUGAUCACGGGAGGAGGGUUUCCUCUGUGCCAACUGUCCCUGUAAAGAGGACAAUUACCCCACUAAGUACUCAGUUGUCUAUUAGUUUACUCCAAUUAGGGAAGGGGUGGUAGGGUUUGGGGAAAAUAAUAUAUUUAGAAAAAUAUAUAUAUGGGGGAUUGGAAAUGAUGCAGACAAUUACAUUGAUAGAAGCCACAAUCUAUCUGCAAUAUUAAAGCUGAUCUACCCCCUAAAAAAUGUAUGAAAAAAACCUCAGCUGCCAGGUCCUCAGCACCCAAGGACUAUGUUUGAGGAGUGGGAGAAACGUCAGAGAGAGAAGUAAGAGAAAGAAAAGCAAUAGAAACUAUAAAAGAAAGAGAGACUAUGUAUAUUUAUACAAGUGCUGUGCAGUGUGAUCCUUACUGUUAUACAUUGUGAUUUUGUGUGAUUGUGUGAUGUUGUUUGUAUGGUAUCACAGCUUGGUUCGACUGCUAAAUGA